CCUGUUCGUCUCGUCGCAUCCAACUCGGUCGAGCAAGAGUUGUAUUGUGGUUAGCUAGCUAGAAGAGAGAGAUGGCGAUGGCCGGAGCGAUUCGCGGGCGGGCACUGGUGGUCGCCGUCGCGGUGGUGGUCGCCGUGCUCGGGCGCGCGGCGGAGGCGCAGCAGCUGUCCCCCAACUUCUACUCGAGGACGUGCCCCAACCUGGCCAGCAUCGUGCGCUCCGGGAUGGCGUCCGCCGUGCGGAACGAGCCCCGGAUGGGCGCCUCCAUCCUUCGCCUCUUCUUCCAUGAUUGCUUCGUCAAUGGAUGCGACGGCUCGAUCCUGCUGGACGACACGUCGACGUUCACCGGCGAGAAGGGCGCCGGGCCGAACGCCAACUCGGCGCGCGGGUUCGAGGUGAUCGACGCCAUCAAGACGCAGGUGGAGGCGUCCUGCAAGGCCACCGUCUCCUGCGCCGACAUCCUCGCGCUCGCCGCCCGCGACGGCGUCAACCUGCUGGGCGGGCCGACGUGGAGCGUGCCGCUGGGGCGGAAGGACUCGCGCACGGCGAGCCAGAGCGCGGCGAACAGCAACCUGCCGGGGCCCGGGUCCAGCCUCGCCACGCUCAUCUCCAUGUUCGGCAACCAGGGGCUGUCGGCGCGCGACAUGACAGCGCUCUCCGGCGCCCACACCAUCGGCCGCUCCCAGUGCCAGUUCUUCCGCAGCCGCAUCUACACCGAGAGCAACAUCAACGCCUCCUUCGCCGCGCUCCGGCAGCAGACCUGCCCGCGCUCCGGCGGCGACGCCAACCUCGCGCCGUUCGACGUCCAGACCGCCGACGCCUUCGACAACGCCUACUACCAGAACCUGGUGUCGCAGCGCGGCCUGCUCCACUCCGACCAGGAGCUCUUCAACGGCGGCUCCCAGGACGCGCUCGUCAGGCAGUACAGCACCAACCCCUCCCAGUUCUCCGCCGACUUCGUCUCCGCCAUGGUCAAGAUGGGCAACCUGCUGCCGUCGUCGGGCACGGCCACGGAGGUCAGGCUCAACUGCAGGAAGGUGAACUAAUUACCAAGGAUGGUAAAACCCAGAGCUCACUGCAUUUGCAGGUGAUUUCCGAUGAUCACCGACGCCCUGGGAACCAUGGCGCCGGCCGGUGAGAUCAUACACAUGGAAGAAACAACAACGUGCCACCCUUGUUUGAUUUAAUAUAUAUUACCACAAAGUGUAAUAAUGUACAACAACACUUGUAUGAUGAUAGUGAUACUACCAUGGUAAAAUAUUGC